AUGGUAAGUGUUUCAUAUUUAUCACAUCUCUAGGAUGGUAUUAUGAAAAAAACUUGGAAAAUAAUUUUUUCGAAUUUCUGGAUGAGAUAUGAGACUUUUAGAAGCUUUUGAAGGGAACUCUUUCAGAUGGCUCAUUGAAGCUCACAAAAAAACUCAUUUUACUUGAAUAAGUGAAAUUCCCUGUUUCCAGGAUUCAUUAUCUUGACUGAAGUUUGAAGAAAAAAAAACUUUUUUGCAACUCAGAAUCGUUAAGGUUUUUCAAUGCUUCAAUCGCUAUUGGAAAAAAAUAAUCUUUUUCUAGUAAAUAUCCAGAAUUUAAAAAAACAUUCCAUGAUUCAACUGGGGGCAUUAAUUGCAUUAAGCACUAGAAGCUUCUGUGUUAUGAAAAAAAUUAUGAUUAAGACUUAAAAAAAUUGUUCUUCACAUUUACCAGGAAUUCGUAGUUUGUAAAAAAAGAAGUUGUAUAUGAUUCAAACUUAUCUACAAUUUCCUUCUUUUUUUCAAACCUGCGUUCUUGAACAAACAGGUCAUUUCUCUUUGUGGACGCCGAGAAUUUUUCACAUGACCCAUUUAAACGGCGUUUCAUGGUUUUUUUGUGGCGUUGCGGCGUCUUUUUUUCUUUGAAAACUAGUGAAUUUCCCAGGUUUUUAUUUCAAACCACAAAAAAAUUAUUCAAAAAAAUACUCCAGCAAAUAUUAUAAAGAUUCAAAAAAAGCGAUUUGAAGUAACUAGAACUUUUCUUCGAAAUCGUUUUUUUGACGAUAUUCAGUUCAAUUAUAUUUUUUUACCUAAAUGUUUGCCUUUCAAAUUUUUUUGUUUUUAGAUAUGAUAUUUAGAUUUCCUACAAUAUCGUAAAAAAAAUCACUUUUUCACAUAUUUUUCUUACAAAAAAACUAUCAUUUAUCUCAAACUGGUUUUUUUGUCAGUUUAUUUUCUUUUCUGAGAACAGAAAACUUCCUCAUGUUGAGAAGUGUUAAAAAAACACGAAAAAAAAAAAUGUUUUUGAGUGUCUUCAAAAGCAUGAAAAGUAGAAGUCCAGACCACCUUAUGCAGUUCAUUUUCUCUGAAAAGAGCAAAAAUUGGUCUGAAGUGAUGCUCCAAUCUCUUGUAGUCAAGUUGUCAGUCGAGCCCAAAAGUGUAUAAUGCGAACAUUGCGUUGUUCUUCUCCCUUUUUCUGCAAAAAAAUCCCGAAACCCCGCGUAGGCGCCGUUUUUUGACCGACUGAAGAGCAGAUAAUCAGUGUAUUAACAUUACAUCAAUCUAACAUCACUCGAGAGGCGGGAUUUGUACUAUAUAAACGCAUUUUUGGGUUCAAUUUUUUCACUUCUUUCUUUUUUUCAGACGUCCAUCGCAAUGCCUUUGAUCGAAGAUCUGGCGGCCAACAACAACGACAAAUAUGGCAUGUUGCCACUCAAAUUCACUUGGUUCGAAGGCCAGAUUGCUGGUCACAACCCUACGAUGGUCAAAGACGGCAAACGACAGCUCGGUGAGUCGAAUUUGAUUGAAAAGCGACUUCAUUCGAAAAACUUCAAAAACAAUUUUUCUCUAAUUUUCGUGACGUAGGAGAAUAAAAAUUGGCAUAAAAAGCUCUUGAUACCACUUUAGUCGGUUUUAAUAGCCUUUUGUCGUCUCUGUAAUGGCUCAAGAAGUCGUUUUCCCGUUUUUUGGGUUCUUAGUUCAAUCGCCGCUGACUUCAAGAAAUAUUUGAAGAAAUCAAAAAAAUUACACAUUAGGCAACUUUUUUUCUUAAUAAUUUUUUUGGAUUUUUUUCUUGCCAAUUUAAGAAAACUUUUUAUGAAGUCUCACAUUUUUGAGCCGUUCCAAAUGCGGAUUUAAAUUUUCAAGUGAUAGCCGAUUGAAUUUUAAUUUUUUCAGAAUUUUCCGUUUUUUUCUUAGCUGUCAACAUGACUAAUUAGUUUAAGGUAUGGUCAAAGAAAGCGGAAACGGCGAUAAAAUCUUGAAACCAGCCCAAGACGGAAAACGAGGCGAAAGAGAGGUUCGAUCACUUUCCAACCCAGUCUCUCAAAAAAUCUCGGAAUUUUCAAGGUCCAAUUCUACCACGACGUCUUCGUCUCCGGAAUGAAUGACCCCAGUCUAAAUGAUCUUCGUCGCCUUUUGCCAAACUUUUUUGGAACACGAAAAAUCGAAAUCGAAGCGCAAGGUGAAUUUUUUUCUAUUGCAACGAGAAAAAAAAAUGUUAUGUUACACUUUUCUCAAAACAAAAAUGGGACGUUAGAGGUUCCGCGUUUCUUUUUUGGCAAUAAGGAAUAGAAAUGGAUAAAUUGAAUUUUCUUCGAAUUACAAAACAAAAAGAGCACGUGAGAUUUUAUUUCUAUCAUUUGGGACGAAAACGAGGAUGUCUGGAUGUCUUCUUUUCACAAAAUUUAUUGCGAUCCUUGUGAAACAUUAUUAAAAUUUGCUAGAUGGACAACAAAGGUUCCUUGUUCCUGAAGCGGUAAUGACAUUUUUUGUAGAGAACAAUAAAAUACAAAGGAAAUGGAUAAACCUCAUCCAGGGUGAUAAAUUGAAUUUUCCAGAAUCUCUCUUCCUCGUUCUGGAGGACGUGACGUGCACGUUCUCUCUCCCGGCUUCCAUCGAUAUCAAAAUUGGAAAACAGACGUUUGGCCCCGACGCCACCGAGGCCAAAAAGCUGAAAGAAAUCGAGACCAAUCCGGUCCAAGGGACUCUUGGCUACCGUGUCUUGGGAUAUCGGGUAUUAAAGUGAUUUUUGAAAACUCUCUGAAACAGUGAAGUUAUAGAUUGCUGAACAGGAGGACAACACGUUCAAAAAAGAUCCAAAAUGGCGAUCGGAAGAAAACCGCAUGAUUUCUGGUCAGUCUUUUAAAAUGCAUCAGUGUCAUAAUUAUAAUUAUUUCAGCGGUCCAAGAAUUCUUCGACCAAGCUCAUGACGUUCAUAUAAUCAAGGAGCAGCUUCUGGAGAAGCUCGGCCACAUCAAAAAAGUUAGUUUUGAAGAGAAUCUGGAAUGAAUUUAUUAAAAAAAAAUUCCCUUUUUCAUUUUUACGGACGAAUUGGUGUCCAAUAACACAAAAGAAAGAUUUCUCAAUUGGGAAUUUUUAUGGUUACAGGUGUUUGAUGAGAAGUUACCUGAUUUUUUCGAACAUUAGGAAAAACUGCAGCUUCAUCACUAAUCAUGAUUUAGUAGUCAUUCAGCCCUGACUUGAGAAAAUAUUUAAGUAAAUGAGAUCCAGAUUUCUUUGUAGUAGUUCAUUCUUGGAUACAGAAAAAAUAAAAAUAUUUUUUGAGCUUAUAAUGAACUUACAGGUCGCGGGAAAACGCCGAUUCCACAUGUACUCCUCCUCGAUUCUGAUCGUCUACGAAAACGACAGAAACUGCGAGCAAAACGUGGAUGUCAGAAUGAUUGAUUUCUCCCAUGUCCAUCCCGGAAUGGGCCUUCCUGACGAUAACUACCUCUUUGGCCUGAACCGCCUGAUCGAAACCAUUGAAGAGUUGUGA